AGCUGUAUACAAGGUGGCUCAGGGCGGUAGGGCGGUCAAUUUAGGUGCACCAGAAUGUCGGGCUCAGCUGAGCUUGCUUCAGGUUCGAAGACAUCUGAGGACCAGAACCGUGGGGCAUCCGCCUUGCUGGCAAAGAUCACAGCAGACCGUUCACCCUCACUGUCAGAUCCGAAAGUAAGUGAAUUUUUUCGCACUCAAUUGUGGGCACCAACUGCCCAGGCCCCCGGAUCUUUUCAAGACAACGUGCUGGACAAAGCGGUUGACCUGGUGGCCCCGUCAAGCAGUGCGGCGCCACCACAGGAUGACAAAAAGACAACUUUGCACCCCAAGCCAUCGGGUGUCAAUGCAGUAGAAGACCCGCCUACACCAGUGACUCCCAGACGUAGCCCAAGAUUGCAGCAGCCAGCAACAACUCCACCGCCAGCAAAGAGAAAUCGGUCCUCAGCAGAAGAUGCAUCAAAGGACAAAAGGCAGCCCGGUGCAGUUGCUUCGCCACCAGCACCGAGCCCCGCCAAAUCACCUUCUCCACUGCCAUUGCGGCCCAUUUUAAAGAAAACAGCAAGCAACAAAAAGGCGACCAAGCCUUCAAAGACGAUCGCGAAGAGCAAAAAGGACAGCAAAGCCUUGGUGGCUACAAGCGGAAAUGACCUGCAUCCAUCAAACUGGUUAGUUCUGAAGAAAUUGCGAGAACCGAGCCUGACCAAGCUUCCUGUUAAGAUCUUCACCAAACUAUCGAAGUCAUCCAAAGCACCGACACGCCCGCAAAGAUGUCGGGUGCCACCACUACAGGCUUGGCGGAAUGAGCGAUUGGUUUAUGAAAGAGUGGCCGGCUCCAUGACACCUUCGGUUGCUGCUGUGGAGCUGGACAUGACGCCACCAACCGAUAGCAUUACUCCGCCUCGAAUGCUACGGCUUCCAGCCCUCCAGCCUCCACUGGAGGAUUUGGACGCAGUCGAGUAUGUCGGGAUUUCAACCAGGCAUUUGACAAGUAAGGUGUAUGCCUUGCCACUGGCAAAGUCCACAAAUGCACCAUGCACAGUCGCUUUGGAAGGAAGUGGCAUCAUCCAUGUUUUUUAUGGUACAUUGCGGUUUGCUCAAGAGGGUGCAGAGGAGCAGCUGGUGUGCGCAGGCUCCACCAUGUUGGUGAAAGGUCCAGGAAUGAAGCUGGUGGCACCUGCUUAUGCAGCAACCUAUGCCGCAGAAGUGGGCAUUGCAGGAGUGCGGUUCCGUUGGGUAGAGCGACACAAUGCCUGAGUACAGUUGGCAGUGGAAAAGCACUGGUGGCAAUGUAGGAGGUUGAGCCAAUGUGCAAAAUUGCAAUUGCAUCACUCGGCAGAGGUGUGAGGUCGGGCUGAAACAAAAUUACCAAGCAAAUCCAGGUAUAUAAGUACAUGGAGGUACGAAUGCUUGGAAUUGUUCGGAGAGUUUCACCAUAGAAUGGUCCUUGACCACACCUUUGCAAUGUAGGCAAUCGAGAGCUCCUUUCAGCAAACAACGUG